GGAGAGGAGGGUUAAGCUCUGUAUUCACAGUUCCUUGUAUGCAAUAUGAAGAUGGGUUGGACUUUGCUUCUCUUUGCUCUGUUUCUGAGCCUCACUUCCCAUAAUGCCUUCUCUCACUCUCUUCACAGCAACAAGCCUGCCGUUGUUGUCGGCACUGUGUUCUGCGACACUUGUUCCCAACAACGCCUCUCCAAGUCUACCUAUUUCAUCUCAGGAGCCAUUGUUGCAGUUGAAUGCAGAGACCAUAAAACCUCUGAAACCAAUUUCAAAGAGGAAGUGAAGACCAACAAAAAUGGAAAUUUCAAAGUAGUGUUGCCAUUCUCUGAGCAAGAACACACCAACAAAAUCGAAACUUGUUCUGUAAAAAUGAUCAAAAGCAGUGACCCCUUCUGCUCUGUACCCUCCUCUGCUACUUCCUCUUCUCUGAAACUGAAGAACUCUAAGAUCAGAGAUGGCACCAGGGUUUUCUCAGCUGGGUAUUUCGCUUUCAAGCCAUUGAAACAGCCCACUUCGUGCAAUCGGAAGAACACCGACAUUUUAAAAGCCAAACAAGUUAACCCUCAGCUUCCUUUUCCGCCGAUUGUUCCGCCGAUUGUUCCGCCGGUUAUUCAGCCGCCAUCGCUUUUGCCGCCCAACCCCCUGCAGCCAGCGCCGCUGAUCCCGAACCCGUUAGAACCGCCGACUCCGGUGAUUCCGAACCCAUUCCAGCCGCCAGCUCCGUUGAUUCCGAUCAUUCCUAUGCCGCCGUUGCCAAUUUUAACACCGCCGUCUCCUCCGCCGACGGUGUUGCCGCCGUUUAUACCGCCGUUUCUGCCGCCGAUCCCUGGUAUUCCGUCUGGUCCGCCAAAAGUGAAAAAGAUUCCAUGAAGGAUGAUUUAUGAUUUGAAUUAUGGUUAAUGGGUACAAUUUGUAGUGAUGUGAGGAGGUGUGAUCGUGGAGUAAGUAGAAUAUCUGAAAUAAGUGGAACACAAUAUUGGGUUUUUUCUAAUAUUAUUUAAACUUCAAAUUAGAAUAUGAAGUAUAUCCA